GAACUCAUCAGCACGUGUGUUAUACUGUCUCAUGAGGAAACCUGACACUUCGUUAACUCUCUGCUCGACACAGCUGACGCUGAGGGAAGGAAAUGAUCUGAAUGGAUGGUUUUUCACUGACUCUUCACGUGGCUGUAACUGUAUUUGUGUAUCUGUUUCAGUGUAAGUGUGUGUGGAGUCUCUGUCCAGUGGAUUCACUUCAGGAUGAAAUUAUUUCUCGUCUUUCUCACACAGAUGUGUGUGAUGGUCACUGAAGCCCAGUUUACACACCACCAGACGGCAUUAAGCGCCUGCUCUGACACGGAUCAGGAGUAUAUGAGAGGGCUGGAUGAAGAAGAGGUGUUUUAUUCAGAUUUUAAAAAUAAAAAAGGAGUGAUUAUGCUCCCUAAAUUUUCUGGUCCGGCUGAGUUCCCCGGACUCUAUGAGUUCAGCGAGUCAGAAAUGAUCAGCUGCAAGCAAACCUUACAGCUGUGGAAAGACGAGUUCAAAGACAAGCCGGUGUCAGAGGAUGCCCCACAAAACACCAUCUAUCCCAGAGAUGAUGUUCAGCUGGGGUCAAACAACACACUCAUCUGUCACUCCACACGAUUCUUCCCUCCACCCAUCAGUGUGCGCUGGACCAAGAACAGCAUGGACGUGACCAACACAUCCACAAUCAGCCAGUACUACCCGAACAGAGACGGCACCUACAACCAGUUCUCCCACCUGACCUUCACUCCACAGGAAGGAGAUGUUUACACCUGCACGGUGGAGCACAAGGCCCUGGAGACGCCCGACACCAAGACAUGGGAGGUGCACUUUGAGAUUCCCAGUGUGGGUCCGGCUGUGUUCUGUGGAGUGGGUCUGGCUGUAGGACUGCUCGGAGUCGCUACUGGAACUUUCUUCCUCGUCAAAGGAAACAGAUGCAACUGAUGCUUCAGGU